CUAGAUAUAAUUCUAGAUUCAGAACAAUUCACCUGUGCAGGGAUCUGCGAGACAUGUCAGAGUGCUGAGGCCACAUUCAAUUGUGUAACCUGUGCUGGUGACCAUGGGUGGUGUCGUCCUUGCUUGAUCAGAUCGCAUCAGUCAUUACCUUUCCACAAAAUUCAACUUUGGAACAACAUGUGCUUCCAGGACGUCACUCUUGCUGACCAAGGAUUCAUAUGGUACUUAGGCCAUGGAGGAGAGCCUUGCCCUUCAUAUGGAGCUUUGAAAAUUCACGGGGAUCAAGACGGGAGAGUAGAUGAUAUUACAGAGACAGGCCCCUUACCUCAAGAUACCACCCCUGUGACUAUUGUACAUUCAUCAGGAGUGUUCACACACAACGUAUCGUGGUGUCAUUGCCAAGGAUCUGAUCCUCAGCACCUGCAGCUCCUGAGAGCACGGCUAUUUCCUGCCAGCUCCACACGGCCCAGGACUGUUUUCACCUUCGAAGUACUGGAUCAUUUUCUCAUUGACGCCUUGGAAUGCAAGACUUCAGCCAGGAGCUUCUUUGAGAAACUUACAAGGUUGACAAAUAAUGCAUUUCCAGAUACUGUCCCAGAUCGUUAUCGUGAACUCAUGAGAGUAUCUCGACUGUGGAGAGACUUGAAGAACCGUAAAUGGUUUGGAUUUGGCCAUAAUAUGAAAUCAGGACCUGGCCCAGGAGAUCUUGCCCUUUUCUGCCCUUCAUGUCCUCAGCCAGGAAUCAACAUGCCUCUUGAUUGGGAGCAGAAGUAUGAAAGGCAAGUCAAUUAUUAUUAC